AAAAACAGGAAGCAGUCAUAAUAGCGUUAUGGACAAGUAGCUAGCUGUUCAACAAAGUUAAGAAGGAGUUUAUGGUUCAGUGACUCAACUUCGGAGUGAUAACAGUGGUCAAACUGCACCGACAGACAUGAGUGGCAAUAAAGAAGUCAGUUUUGAUCCUAAAGAGCACCAGCACCUGCGUUAUAAUCCUCUGAGGGACACCUGGGUCCUGGUGUCGGCCCACCGCAUGAAGAGACCCUGGGCAGGUCAGGUAGAAAAACCUCCUGAGGAACACAUACCAAGACAUGACCCCAGCAACCCACUCUGUCCCGGAAACACACGUGCAAAUGGAGAGGUAAAUCCUGACUAUGACAGCACUUUUCUUUUUGAAAAUGACUUCCCUGCUCUACAACCAGAUGCUCCUGAUCCUGGUAAAUGUUCAGAUCAACAUCCACUUUUCCAAUCUAAAGCUGCCAGGGGCGUCUGUAAGGUCAUGUGUUUCCACCCCUGGUCGGAUGUCACCCUCCCUCUCAUGAAAAAGCAAGAGGUUGUCAAGGUGAUUGACAAGUGGGCAGAGCUCGUUGAGGAACUAGGUGCCACAUACCCCUGGGUUCAGAUCUUUGAGAAUAAAGGAGCUAUGAUGGGCUGUUCAAAUCCACACCCUCACUGUCAGGUGUGGGCCAGCAACUUCCUGCCUAAUGAGCCGGCUCUGUCAGACAGCUGCCAGAGAGCCUACUAUCAGAAACACGGAGAACCGCUGCUGCUACAAUACGCCAAACAAGAAGCUGAGAAAAAGGAGCGUGUGGUGGUAGAGAGUUCGGAUUGGCUGGCGGUGGUUCCAUACUGGGCGACAUGGCCCUACCAGACGCUGUUGUUGCCGCGGCGACAUGUCCUCAGGAUCAAUGACCUGACAACAGAGGAAAGGGGGGGUGAGUGUGACGCUACUAUCACACUGUCUGAGAGAGUAAUAAGGCCAUUAAGAGUAGUUCAAGGUCUGGCUGACAUUAUGAAGCGAUUGCUAACCAAGUACGACAACCUGUUUGAAAUCUCCUUCCCUUACUCCAUGGGCUGGCACGGAGCCCCCACCGGCCCCCAUUUAAAGGAAGACAACUGUCAUUGGCAGCUACAUGCGCACUACUACCCUCCCCUGCUGCGUUCGGCCACAGUAAAAAAGUUCAUGGUGGGGUACGAAAUGCUCGCCCAGGAGCAACGGGACCUCACCCCUGAACAGGCUGCUGAGAAGCUGAGGAACCUGCCAGAAGAGCACUUUAAAAGAAGAGAAAACCUUGAAAAAGGAGGAGGGAAAGACAAGAAGCGGACGAUAAAAAUGUAAAAGACAGGUGAUGGUAAAGAGGAGGAAUCACAGCUUUAUUCAAGCUACAGUGAAAUGUUUAGGUCUGAUACUUGUUUUGUAAGAAAUAACAUUCAAAUGGAAUAUGUGAAAGUGCCUUAUCGAACACAGGGCUUAAAGGUUUUUGAUUUACUUGCCAAAUAUCAAUUCAAUACAUUUCUGCUAACACAAAGCUGGUUCUGGGCAUCUUUUUUUUAAAUUACGAAAUGGACUUCAAACAGAAUUUGCUCUGGAACUCCACGUCCAUGUUUUUCGGAGAUAAUUAGAGCGCACAAUUAUUUUCUCCCCAUCUGUCCCUUCUGAGGAAAUUAAACUUUGUUUGUUGUUGUGUUGUGUUUGAAGCCUUUCAAACACAAAGCUUGUUUCGUCCAACGACACAAUGAGUUAUUUUUUAAUUCAAUUUCUCGUGAGUGUGUUUACAUGUGAAAUAAUCUUUGAAGUAGUUAUGAAAGCGUACUGCUCGAUUUUAUACAGAAUACGAAUAAAGCUACCAACGCCAUGUCACAUGUCUA